GGCCCGGCUCUGCGGGCAGCUGCCGGAGCGGGACCCUGGAGGCAGAGGCGGUAAGUGAGCUCCGAGCGGGAGCCCGGAGGGUGUGCGCGGGACCCCGGAGCCCAGACGGUGCCCGGGAACUCGACAGGCUCGAGCUCCUGCAGCUUUGCGCAGUGCUCAGCCUCAGCGUCGGUCGUGGGAUCCGGGCGCCGCGGCUGCAGUCCCGGGGCUGGAGGUGCGCUCCUGCCUCCUACGCUGAGCCCAGUACUGCAGACGAGUCGGACAGUUGGUGGCGAGCCUGUACAGGGCUCUAGUGACAGCUGCGGGCGAGCCCCACGGAGCACCGCACUCCCAACCCUUCCCUGCAGUGUUUGAUCUCAGUGCUCUUUAAGCCAUUCCUUAGAACAGGCUGGUGGCCGCUCCGCUGUCCUGGCCCCGCGUGCCACUGCACUGUCCAGGCAGGUCACCCCGAAAGCCCUUAAACCACGAGAGCACUUUUUUCGCUUUCUGAGGGACUUUUCCAAGUUGCAUCACCGUUUGGCUUCAAGCUGGGACAGAGAACCAUGGAGCUGUAUUUUGGCGAAUACCAACACGUACAGCAGGAGUACGGGGUACACCUGAGACUUGCCAGUGGUGACACUCCAAAGCCAAGGAAUUCCCAGCCCUCAAAGGCAGGCUCCUAUGGUGUCAGCAUCAGGGUCCAGGGAAUUGAUGGCCACCCUUAUAUAGUCCUGAAUAACACUGAGCGGUGUCUAGCAGGCACACCUUUCCCAGAAAACGCGCCAUCGUUUCCAUCUUCAGUGAUAAAUAACCUGUCCCUACAUCCAAGCAAUGGAACCGUGUUGAAGGAGAACACUCCGGAGGAACUGCAGCUUCCAGAAAACCCGUACCUGCAAACCAGCCCGCUAAGAGGCCAGAAGCAGUUCUCCCUCCACGAGGGCAGGAAUGGAGUUCUAGAACGCAAAGACGGGCCCACGAAGCUGCCCCAUGUGCUCAACUUCCAGAGGCACCCGGAGCUUCUGCAGCCCUAUGACCCAGAAAAGAAUGAGGUGAACGCAAAGAAGCAUCACCCUCCCGAGAGUCCCUGGCUGAGAAAUGCAACAGAGGACGGGACCAACUGUAAGAAGUCCCGGAACUGCUUCCCCAAAUCCUACGGUUCCCAGCCCAACAGCCCUACUUCGGAAGAUUUAGCCAAGACCAACAUGACAGCGAUCCGUCUCUGCAGCUCUGUGGUCAUAGAAGACCCCCAAAAGCAGACCUCAGUGUGCGUGAACGUUCAGAGGUGCGCCAAGGAGGGGGUGGGAGAGGAGACCCUUUCCCCUCGACGGAAAUCCCCAACUGCCCCCAGCCCACAGGCCUAUUCUGAAACCAAGAAAAACAGGCCAGAUGUGCUACCCUUCCGGCGACAAGAUUCCGCAGGACCCAUCCUGGAUGGAGCUCGGUCACGCAGGUCCUCUUCGUCAUCCACGACUCCUACUUCUGCCACUUCCUUGUACAAAUUUUUACUUGAUGAUCAGGAAUGCGCCAUUCAUGCCGACAGCGUCAACCGCCAUGAAAACAGAAGGUAUAUUCCCUUCUUGCCAGGAACUGGGCGGGAUAUCGACACCUGCUCAAUUCCUGGUGUGGACCAGUUAAUUGAAAAAUUUGACCAAAAGCCUGGCCUUCAGAGAAGAGGAAGGUCUGGGAAGAGAAACAGGAUCAAUCCCGACGACAGGAAAAGAUCCCGAAGUGUAGAUAGUGCCUUUCCAUUUGGUCUCCAGGGAAACACAGAAUACCUCACCGAGUUCAGCAGGAACCUGGGCAAGUCUAGCGAACACCUCCUUCGGCCAUCCCAGGUCUUCCCGCAGAGGUCAGUGGCCCAGGAGCACCGUGGGAAGCACAGUCCCAGCAGCCCGCCCGCAAAGCUGCAGGGCGCUCAAGGUGCCCACCCCAAGCCUCCCCUGCAGAACAAAGAUGGGAAAGUUCUGAACAAAGGAAGGCAGGAAAGCACGGGGGCAUGUGCCCCCUCCCUGCCAGCACCGAAUAAAAAAGAGGAAGAAAUCAAAAUAGCCACUGCCACGUUGAUGUUACAGAACCGGGCGGUGGCUGCCACAUCGGAUUCUGGUGCCAAGAAAAUUUCAGUGAAGACAUUUCCUUCCGACUCCAGCACUCAGGCCACACCAGAUCUCUUAAAGGGCCAGCAGGAGCUCACACAACAAACGAACGAGGAGACCGCCAAGCAGAUCCUUUACAAUUACCUCAAAGAAGGAGGCACAGACAAUGAGGAUGCCACCAAAAGGAAAGUGAACCUGGUCUUUGAGAAAAUCCAGACUUUGAAGUCCAGAGCAGCAGGGAGUGCCCAAGGAAGCAAUCAAGCUCCGAAUUCUCCCUCUGAAGGCAACAGUCUAUUGGAUCAGAAGAACAAAUUGAUCCUAGAAGUGUCUGAACUACAGCAGCAACUGCAACUGGAGAUGAAGAACCAACAGAACAUCAAGGAGGAGCGAGAAAGAAUGAGAGAGGAUUUAGAAGAGCUGCGAGUCCGGCACCAGAGCCAAGUGGAGGAGACGGCCACCCUGCAGAGACGGCUGGAGGAAAGUGAAGGCGAGCUGAGGAAGAGCUUGGAAGAGCUGUUCCAAGUGAAGAUGGAGCGUGAACAGCACCAGACUGAGAUCAGAGACCUGCAGGACCAGCUGUCGGAAAUGCAUGAUGAGCUAGACAGCACCAAGCGAUCCGAGGACAGGGAGAAGGGAGCCCUGAUUGAGGAGCUCCUGCAAGCCAAGCAGGACCUUCAAGAUCUGCUCAUUGCCAAAGAGGAACAGGAAGAUCUCUUGAGGAAGCGGGAGCGGGAGCUGACUGCCUUGAAGGGCGCCUUGAAGGAGGAGGUUUCCAGCCAUGACCAGGAGAUGGAUAAGCUGAAGGAACAGUACGAUGCUGAGCUGCAGGCCCUCAGGGAGAGUGUGGAGGAGGCAACCAAGAAUGUUGAGGUCCUGGCCAGCAGGAGCAACUCCUCAGAGCAGAGCCAGGCGGAGGCUGACCUGCGUGAGAAAGUGCUGAAGGAGGAGAAUGAGAAGCUGCAGGGGAGGAUUGCGGAGCUGGAGCGCAGGGCAGCCCAGCUACAGAGGCAGAUGGAGGAUGUGAAGGGUGACGAGGCCCAAGCAAAGGAGACACUCCGAAAGUGUGAGAGUGAAGUACAGCAGCUGGAGGAAGCCCUUGUGCAUGCCAGAAAGGAAGAAAAAGAAGCCACAUGUGCCAGAAGGGCGCUGGAGAAGGAGCUGGAGCAAGCUCGGAGAGAGCUGAGCCAGGUCUCCCAGGAGCAGAAGGAACUCCUGGAGAAACUCCGGGACGAGGCGGAGCAGAAGGAGCAGCUGCGAAAGCUGAAGAACGAGAUGGAGAGCGAGCGGUGGCACCUGGACAAGACCAUCGAGAAGCUGCAGAAGGAGAUGGCCGACAUUGCUGAGGCCUCCCGCACAUCCUCUUUGGAGCUGCAGAAGCAGCUGGGCGAGUAUAAGGAGAAGAACCGCCGGGAGCUUGCGGAAAUGCAGACACAACUGAAGGAGAAAUGCCUGGAAGUGGAAAAGGCCAGACUGGCAGCCUCGAAGAUGCAGGAUGAGUUACGCCUCAAGGAGGAAGAGUUGCAGGACUACCAGCGAGCUGAGGAGGAGGCGCUCACAAAACGGCAGCUUCUGGAGCAGUCGCUGAAGGACCUGGAGUAUGAGCUGGAGGCCAAGAGCCACCUCAAGGAUGACCGCAGCCGACUCAUCAAGCAGAUGGAGGACAAGGUGUCCCAAUUGGAGAUUGAAUUGGAAGAAGAAAGAACCAACGCUGACUUGCUGUCGGAGAGGAUCACGUGGAGCAGGGAACAGAUGGAGCAGAUGAGGAGCGAGCUUCUUCAGGAGAAAGCUGCCAAGCAAGACUUAGAGUGUGACAAGAUUUCCCUAGAGAGACAGAACAAAGACUUAAAGAGCCGGAUUAUCCACCUGGAAGGUUCCUACAGGUCCAGCAAGGAGGGCCUGGUGGUGCAGAUGGAGGCCAGGAUUGCAGAGCUGGAGGACCGGCUGGAGAAUGAGGAGAGGGAUCGGGCCAACCUGCAGCUCAGCAACCGAAGGCUGGAGCGGAAGGUGAAGGAGCUGGUGAUGCAGGUGGAUGAUGAGCAUCUGUCACUGACGGACCAGAAGGACCAGCUGAGCUUGCGCCUGAAAGCCAUGAAGCGCCAGGUGGAGGAGGCUGAAGAGGAGAUCGACCGACUGGAAAGUUCUAAGAAGAAGCUGCAGAGGGAGCUGGAGGAGCAGAUGGGGGUGAAUGAGCAGCUGCAGGGGCAGCUCAACUCUCUGAAGAAGGGCUUAAGGCUUAAGACACUGUCUAGUAAAGUACUGGACGACUCGGACGACGACGACCUCAGCAGUGAUGCGGGAAGCCUCUACGAAGCCCCACUGAGCUAUGCCUUUCCCAAAGACAGCACUAUCGCCAGCCAGAUCUGAGUCUGCUUCCAGGCCCGUUGAUCCUGACAGGACUCUGCAGUCAUCUAGACAGAGUAGGAGGCACUAAAUAGAGCUUGUGAAUGGAGUCAGACCCACGGUUACCACCUCACAUUCCUCCUGGGGCCUCUGCGUGGUUGAGUGACCUUGGAUCUUAGAUAGGGAGCUAUUGAAGUUUCAGAUGACCUAACUGGGACAUUUGGGGGUAAGACAAAGCCCCAUUGUGCACUGCUGUCUGCCAUCACUCCUUCUCCUGCCCCGGAGAAGGUUCCAGUGCCAGCUGUAAUGAUAUAGGGACACAUAGGGAUGAAAUGAUGUAUAGACUGAACCAGACCUUCUCAAGGACCGCUGUUCUCCUUAAGGAUGCUCCAGAGCCUUUCGAGUAUGACAUCUUUGUAAAGUUCACAAACUGAUCUUGAUUAUCUUUUAAAAUAUGAAGCUACCAGAUCUCAAGUAUUAAGAAGCUGGAGGCAAAGGAGGGAGAGUGAAGGCUAUUCUGGAAACCAGAGGGGGUCAGACAGUGGGAAUCAAUAAUUGGUUUGUAUGGGAAACCAGCUCAUUGAUGGUUGGGGAAGGACACUUAGGCGGAGUCUGAGGCCUUGGUUGCUUAUUUUAUCUGAACCAUGCAAAGAGCAGUCCCUACUCCCCACUGCUUUCAAGCAAGCAGAAUGGGAGACAGAUGAGAUUUUUAACAAGUGCUGUGCUUCCUAAAGGACAAGAGCGCUGUUGUUGUGUCUCCUUGGCCCUUUUCCUCCAUGGCAGACCUCCAAGCGAAGCUCGCUCAGGCCUGGAAUUGGAGGAAUAGGAGGGGCCUUGAGACGAGGCCUAUGGGCUUAGGUAUGAGGCUAAGGAGGGAGGCAUCCAGGAAGUUCAUGGGGCAGGGGAUGAGUAAGUGGGUAUGGGGCUGAUGUAAGAAGGAAUACAGAGACGUUCUUGAAAGCUGGGGGAUGUGCAAGAAGGGCAGGGGGUGGGGGUUGAGCUGGAGUUUGGAAUGAUGGGAAAAGGGAUUGGGAGUGCUUGCCAUCUGAAGGGCUGUUUUUGGGAACAGGUGUCAGGAAGGGGUGAGGUCCAAGGGCAAGCACAUGAUGCCAAGGUAGUUUUGGGAGGAUGCUGGGCAUCCCUGCAUAUCUCCUGGCCUACCCAUGUCUCCUCAUGACUGUGACAGUCACCUAUGAAAGAGCCUUGUGAGUUGCCUAUGUGUAAGGCAGAGGUGACAGGACACUGGAGCAGAGUCCUCAGGCUUCCUGAUAUGGGGACUCCUGGGGACCAGGUUACCAUAAGGUCCUGUCCACAGCAGGUCAGAGUUCACACAGCUAGAUUCAGAGAAGGGAUCUGAAGGAUGAGCAUCUGCUGCCAGAGAACCAAGCCCUAUUACACAUCCCGAGAUCCACUGUCUCCCUCGCCUGUCUCCUCACUGGGUAUGGAGAGACUUCUGCUUUCAGCCAUUCUUCCAUGUAACAAGCAUGUACUAUCAUCCAUCAAAAUGUGUCAGGCACAGACUUGGGCACUGGAAACACAGUAAAUAGAAGUAAAAAUGUUGAGCCGGAAAUGUAGCUCAGCUGGGGCAAUGCGUGCCUAGCGUGCAGGAAGCCCUGUAUUUAACCCCCAACUCUAUAAACCGGGUGUGGUGUGGUAUGCCUGUGAUCCCAACACAGGAAGUGGCAACAGGAGGAUCCAGAGUUCAAAGUCAGCCUUGGAUACAUAUGCAGGUCUUGGCCAAGCUGGGUUAUAUAGGAGGCCCCGUCUCAAAAAAACCCAACCAACCCUGCCCUCCUGUAACCAUCCAGGAGAGUGUGAUGCAGCCUGAACCUCUCUAUACUCAGCCUCGGAGAACCUCUGUCCUCUUGGGAAUGUGAUGGCCUGCGAUUGGUUGGCUGGUUCCCCAGAACACACAGGAAUUCUUUAGCUCCUAGAAUCUUCUCAUGUCAUCAUUCGAUAUUUGUACUCAGCCUAGAAAUGUCUCAGCCUGCUCAUCCCAGAGAUUCAGGUGACAAAAAUCAAGACCCCGAGGAAGGGUGUUUGUUUUGUGGUUUGACAAAAAUUAGCCAGCCCUUAUUCCAGUCAGUUCCUUCUGGUAGCCAUGGGGCUAACUAUAUGAAGGAAGAUAGCUCGUGGAAGGGAGAGCAGAGGCCACCACUGGAAACACUUGUAGAGUCCCUCACCCCACCACACACACACACACCAGAGGAGGCUAAACGAGAUGAGGGCAUGUCUCCUGUGCUGUAAUGGAGUGGGCAGCGAGCCGGUGUGUGCAGUAUAGUCAGUGAGUGACGCGACACUGGAAUGAGGUUUAGAACGAGGUUUGUAAGUCCCAGCCUCAUCUCUUCCCUGUGAUCCUGACAGGUGCAUCCUGGGACAAGGUGGCGAUUAGGACUCCAGGUCCUUCUCAGCUCGAAUCUGUUGAGCAUCCCUUGGUCUUCUUAUAUAUACAUGUUUUUCUGUUUAUUCCUUUAAGAACUAAUCCUGCUCAAGAGCGUUUUCUUUAGCUAGCUUAAAAAUAUCUCCUGUAAAAACAUACAUGUUGCCAAGUGCAAUGUUGAGAAGACAAUCACUGUAUGGCUUUUAUAAAUUUGUUUUUCCUGCUCUGGAGUGUCAUUCCACCAUGACAGUUGGAAUAUUCUGGUGGGUCUUUUAGUAGGGAUUGGUUACUAUGCGUUGUCAUGGGGAAGAGACAUUUUUUAUCACAGCUACCUCCAUGGGAAUGACUUCAUGGAUAAAGCAAGGUUUCCUUUCAAUAAACUGUCACUUGACAGGAA